UUACAUCAUUAACAUGGGAAACUGUUUGAGGAAAAGCAAGAUAUCAGCACAGAAUAAUGAGGAGUGUGAUGCCUCAGUAGUUGAAAAGGUUGAGAAGGUAAAGGUAGUUCGAAUAUUGUCCAAGUUGGAAGCAGCAGAGAUGGAAGAAAGGAUGAUGAAGAAGAAGGUGAUGAGGUUGAUGGUGAAAAAUGGUGGCAGUUGUAAAAGUGGGGGUGUGAGGAUUAGCGUGGUGAUGAGUCAGCAAGAGUUGAAGAGGAUGUUGAGGUGCAAGGAUGAAGCUCAGCAGCAGAGUUCAAUGGAGGAAUUUCUGCAUGCUGUGAAGUUGAGAGGAAGAAGAAUUUUACAAGUUGGUGGUGAUUGUGAUCAUGACAGAAUCAGUUCUUGGAAGCCAUCUUUAGACACUAUUCCAGAGGAUUGCUUCAUCAAUUCAAACUCAACAAUAUGUAAACAAUGACACUUUUUUCUUAUAUAUAUUUGAUGUGUUCAACAUCAAUCAUGUGUACGUAGUUUCAAUCUUACUUAGAGAAUACAAAUUCAGUUUAUGAUGC